GCAAAGCUAUUUGUCUUUCAUUCUAUUUGUCUGUUCAUUGUUGUAACUGGCAUCAAAGCACCGUUGCCUUUAAAGUGCCUUUAAGGUGCAUCGUCAAAGCCAUGUUUUGUUAUAUAUUGCCUUCGUAUGCGCCUUUGUAAAGCUAUCUAUCAUUAGAACCUGUACGACUUGUCGGUUUUACAACCUAACUGACUGUCUAACUGACUGUCUAACUGAUGUCUAACUGACUGUCUAACUGACUGUCUAACUGAUGUCUAACUGACCGUCUAACUGACUUCAAACUAACUUCAACUUAACUUAACUGUUGCUUAACUGUGUAUGUGGAAUAAACUUUCAGAAAGACAGUCGAGUUGUGCCCGCCGUACUUGUUCUGGUUACCCUUUCCAGAAGGGAGCAUUGGGCUGGAAAGACCAGCCAGCAGAAAUCUGGACAGUUGUAAAACCGUUGUCGGCGCCGUAUCAGUGGAGGUACGGACUGCCGAGCGGAGGACGACGAUCGUGAGGUACCAGGACGCUGGUGACGUGGAUCAGUCGUGAAUCACUCAACGGAAAAGCCGGAGCAAAGAGCUAUCGGGGCCGUUGAAGGAUUAAAGGAAGUGCCGCAGCCGAGGGAAAGGCUGUGAAGAUUGCACAAGGAAUACAAAUGCAAAGCUCUUCUGGGCAGAGAGCCUCACAGACUGUGACAUUGUAACGUCGACAGCUUGGGGCGUGGACAUUCAUGUGCCAUUAGUGGACGUGUCGUUUGCAAAGAACUGAAUCCUUUGAACGAGUCAUUGGCAACGAACCAGAGAGUCGACUCCAAUCAAUUCCAAUUCCGGAGUGAGUCAGGAGUUCAAAGAAGAAAAAUGGCAGAUGACAAGCCAGAUCUGGAAAGCCUACAGCGGAGGCGAUCAAAUGCACAGCGGAGCCUAACGGCGCGUAUAAACCGCCUUAAUUUCAAAGCUGGUCGUCUUGGCACAGGAAAAUUGUCGCAAGAGUUGGCAGGGUUGGAAAACGACUAUGAUAUUUUCGUCGAUGCCUGCAGUGAAUAUAUCGAAGACCUGGAACAGAUAGACUCAACGGACGACAACUGUGAGUUAAGAGACACUCUGACAAAGAGGGACGCCAUUGGGCAAAGGUACCAUGAGACAAUGGAAAUGUUGUGGUUUAAGGAUGCUGAGCCGGUAAUAAGCACCUUCGUAGCACGGUUCAAUUCAGCUUUCGACCAGGCCGAGGAACUCGGCAGGAAAAGUGCACUACAGUGGUACCAGCAAGAGGCCAGAAGGCAGGGACUGGAUCAGGAACUCCACGAACUCAGAGACCACGUCAUAGACAGUCAGACUGUGCUGGGAGCCAUCCAGCGAGACAGUUACGGGUUUCAAACAUUCUUUGCAAAUAGGGUCAGGGAGAUCCAGAAGGCUGGGCCCGUAACUGAUUGGUGGUGGAUCCCAGGUGAAGUCAACGUCGCUGAUCUCGUCACGAGAGGGUGUUCACCCAAGCGACUAGACGAAAACUCCGCGUGGCAGAAGGGUCCCAAGUUCCUGUCUAGUCCAGUGAAAGAUUGGCCUAUGGAAUCUGCAGCAAAAGUGGCGGCUGAUGCUACAGAGACUCUGAGAACUUCAGAGAGUGGCUGGAGGCGGGGAAAGCGUUGGCAGAUGAGUUGGAAGCAAAAAAACCAUCAAAGAAAAGGAAACAGAAGGCGACUGGAGGCUCCAAUGUUUCCUGGAGGACAAGGGACCCUAAUGGGUACAUUGUACCAAAAAACAUCCCGAAGAAUCGAUCUGUCAAUCCCACUCGCUCAUUGGAGGUGCCAGAAGUUGAGGCAUCGCGGAUGGAUGAAAUUCCUCAAGAGGUCCCAAAUCUUGAUCAACAUCUGCAAACACUGAGGGACCUGCUGAGUUCGGUCACCGUCCCUGCAUCAGUGGAGGUGGAGGGGACAACCAGCAUGUCUGUGUGGACCAGAGCUCUUGAAUUGUAUGCUUGCUGCAGAAAGCGUGCCCCAGCAUUGCUGUCAUCAGUGCAAAACCGUGAAUGCCGUGGUCAGGUGCUUGGACUGUGUUCCUUCAGGAGCUCAGUUUCUCUGCGCAGGAUGUGACUCAAUGGUCCACAAAAAACUUGUAUUUCAUGACAGAGAAGUCAUGAUUGAUAAUUUUUACAAACACAUUCCUCCCACAUCAUCAGUGAAGAUGGAUGAAAGAGGUCAUUAUGAACUGGUUGAACAAGUAUGUCUGCUGCCGAUUCCUCCCCCAACACAAAUCUGCUCCUGUGGCCGAGACCAAGACUAUACCAUCAUGCCAGGAAAGCAGACUGUCUUGGUUACUAUCAAUGGUCCAUACAACCUUUGUCUGCCUGCUGUGUGUUGCCCACAUUGCUCCUGCAAGUGGACCCCAGGGAUCAGUGACCUGAUUAGUAGCCGAUACUGGCCAGCAACAGCAAGCUGCCAAAUGCUCUUCAAAUUUGAUGUCCUUACAUCAUUUGAACAGAUGAAGUUGGCCAGCCCAGCUACAUCCCAAAAAGCAUUUAUCCGAAUGCUUGAACAUCGGGCCCAUCGCACAGGACGGGAUGGCAGUACAUGUGGUGAUACGUUCCACAGGGUGUAUUGCGAAUUUGCAUUCUGCAAUUGGAAGAAAGAGCAUCUGUGCCUGGUUGAGCCCUUCAAGUGCCCCGCAUGCACACCAGACAUGCUUGCCAUAUCUGCAGAUGGUAACAGAAAACACUACCGCUUCAAGAAAUCCAAAGGGACAGAUCAACUAUCUCUAUUUGAUGGCCUGUUCAUUGCACAAGAUGCCAAAGUGUCUGCCUUUGUUGAUGUGAUAAGAAGCCAAAUGACGAUUAGGACAGGUCAUGAUGUCUGUGGGCCAGCAACAUUUACAGCAGGGCGAGAAACCUCACAGAAGUCAAGGGCCAAGGUGGAUGAGGAGGGCCUGGAAAUUGCUGUUUGCAGACAUGGAAUCUUGCUACAAGGCUUAAAUCACUACCGUGGUGAAAUAUAUGCCUACCCAUUGUUCCUGCAGAAGGAGCUGGCUGACACUGCAAACAUAAACUUCUUUUGUAUGGAUCUCACUUG